AAUUUCAAACCCUCAACCAACCAACCAACUACCUUGAGUAUUCUCUCCAUUUAGCUUUCCUGGAAGCGACGUCGUCUUUCCUAACUGUUUUCCCUGUCGUCGUUAAAAUUCUUAGAGCUCGUGUUCACAAACGUGAAAAAACGCAAGCUCCCAACUUUCAUCACUGCUGGGGCUAAUAACAGUUUUCAAUGUCAUUUGGACGGAAUGGUGCUACUCAUAUUAUGGCCUCUGCAAAUGGAGUGACAAGUUUGCAAGGGAAGGGACCUCUUUUCUCCUUUGGGGUCAUUGCUGAUGUCCAGUAUGCUGAUAUUCCUGAUGGUCACUCGUUCGUUGGCAUUCCCAGGUACUAUCAGCACAGUCUUCUUGUUUUGCAAAGGGCAGUUCAAAAAUGGAACAACCAUCAAAAGCUUAAAUUUGUUAUGAAUUUUGGGGAUAUUGUUGAUGGGCGUUGUCCCAAAGACCAAUCUGUUGAUGUUGUGAAGGAAGUCAUCAAUGAAUUUGAGAAGUUCAAUGGCCCUGUCUAUCACAUGAUUGGUAAUCACUGCCUCUAUAAUCUUCCCCGUGACAAAUUACUUCCAUUACUGAAUAUUCCAAGUGUUGAUGGACACGCAUACUAUGAUUUUUCACCAAUUCCAGAAUACAGAUUUGUUGUGCUUGAUGGUUAUGAUAUUAGUGCAAUUGGUUGGCCUCAAGAUCAUCCAAAUACAUUGGAAGCACUAAAUAUUCUUAGGGAGAAAAACCCAAAUACAGAGAAGAACAGCCCAAAUGGACUGGUGGGCAUGGCUAGAAGAUUUCUUAUGUACAAUGGAGCUGUUGGGAAAGAACAGUUGGAAUGGCUAGAUGGAGUACUUCAAGAUGCAACAAAGUUAAAACAGAAAGUGGUUGUCUGUUGCCAUCUGCCUCUGGAUCCAGGUCUCACAUCCCGAGAAUCACUUCUCUGGAAUUAUGAUGAAGUGAUGGAUGUGAUACACCGUUACAAUUGUGUGAAAGUUUGCCUAGCAGGCCAUGAUCACCAAGGGGGCCAUUCAAUUGAUUCCCGUGGGAUACACCAUCGAGUCCUUGAAGCUGCCCUUGAGUGUCCCCCUGGUACAAAUGCAUUUGGAUAUAUUGAUGUUUAUGAAAACAGGUUAUCACUCGUUGGUACAGAUCGAUUGCAGAGCACAGAUAUGUGUUUCAAUCCUUAAAUGGACAUCACAAAAUAUUAUUCUAAUAGCAAGUAUCCUACAACUCAUUCUUUAAUGGAAGUUGUGUAGAAUAAACAUUACCAUAAUCAUCAACAGGAAAAUACAAAUUUCGAAAGUGCUCAAUAAAAAGCGGUAUCUUUGGUAGUGGUUUGAGCCUUUGAGGAAUCGCAUUGUGGUGUCUUUCUUCUUGCUAAAAGAGGUAAAAAUGUGACUACUAGAAUUUCAUGGCAUGCUGAAAUUCUAAAGAAAACUAUUAUGGCUUAUUCCGCAUUUGUAAUCAGUGAGAUAUCUUCAGUUUCUAUGUUUAUGUCAUGUUGCAGUAAAUGCUGCUCUGGUUAUGAUGUGUUUCA